ACAACUCUUCUCUUCACAACCACCAAGAUGGUUGGUUUACUCAACGGUUCCACACAGACCAACGGCCUUUCUGCCCAUUCCAAUGGCACAAACGGCGUCCACAAACCGGACGAGGCCUCCUGGGGCUUUGCUACUCGGGCGGUUCAUGUCGGCUCAGAACCAUCGAGCGAGACAGGCGCUGUAAUUCCGCCUAUCUCGCUCAGCACAACCUUCAAGCAAGACUCUGUUGGCGUUCACAAGGGGUUUGAAUAUACUCGAUCGCAGAAUCCUUCUCGGGCGGCGCUUGAGACGAUGCUCGCUUCGAUAGAAACUGGUGGCGCGAAUGCUCUCGCUUUUGCCUCUGGUAGUGCUGCGACGGCGACCGUCAUCCAGUCACUCGGGCCCAACGCGCAUCUCAUUGCUGUGAACGAUGUUUAUGGCGGCACUUGGAGGUAUAUGAACAAGGUCGCGCAAGAGCUUUCUGGGCUCGAGGUCAGCUGGAUUAAUCCUGAAGGAAGUGCCGAAGAGAUCCGUGCCGCGUUACGACCAAACACCAAGCUCAUCUGGCUUGAGUCCCCAACGAAUCCACUCUUGCUCCUUCCCUCACUUCCUGAGAUCUCCGCACUCUUGACAGAAGUCUACUCGCAACCAGCAGAGAUCAUUGCUAGCUUGAACUACCCUUCAACUAGGCCUUCUGUUCUCGUCGAUAACACAUUCCUAUCGCCGUAUUACUCCUCCCCUCUGCUACCCAUUACUCUGCCCGAUGGCACCACCACUCAAGGAGCGGACCUCGUUAUCCAUUCCAUCACCAAGUACAUCAAUGGCCACUCAGACGUGCUGCUUGGGUGCAUCGUACUGCCAGCCUACUCUCCUCUUCUCCAACGCCUUACCUUCCUGCAAAACGCACAUGGCGCGGUUCCUUCUCCAUUCGAUUGUUUCCUUGCCCAACGGGGAGCCAAAACCCUUCAACUUCGAAUGCAGGCAGCUGGAACAUCAGCGUUGGCGUUGGCUCAAACACUGCGUGCUCACCCGGCAGUUGUUGAUGUGAUAUAUCCUGGCCUGGCAACACAUGAUCGCCACGGCGUCGCCUGGCGCAGUCUCAGUCCACAUGCUCGCAAAUGGAUCGAGAAGUUGCCCGAUGUCGGGGUUGACGGGACCGGAGACUUCCCUUACAGUGGAAUAGUCAGUGUUCGACUAAGGACGGAGGCGCAGGCGCUUAAGUUCUUGGAAGAACUCAAACUGUUCACGCUGGCCGAGAGUCUGGGUGGUGUAGAGAGCUUGGCGGAGCACCCCGCAAGCAUGACUCAUGCGACCAUACCCCUGGCAGAACGCGAAGAAAGGGGGAUCACCGGUGGGCUUGUUAGAAUGAGUGUUGGUGUUGAGGACACGGACGACUUGCUGCGUGAUGCGCUGAGGGCUUUGGAAGUGGCAAGUAUAUUGCCAAACUAA